AUGUCUUCCGAAUCAAGCCAACAUAACAACUCGGAAAUACGAACACCAAAUUCAUUCAGCGGACGUAAACUCGCUCUUGUCUCUCUUUUGACCGUCGUCACAGCUGUACUUAUUACCCUAUUCUGGGGAGACACCGCCAAUCUGUUCGGCAUCCGACGUCUCUUUGGAUCUUCCGCGCGCUCAGCGGCAGUACCUCUAUCGGCUUCAGCAUCUGUUGCAGCAGCCGCGACAGUGAAAGGAGAACCAGUCACUAGUGGCCACGUGAAGUCCAGCAUGAAGACACCCAUUUACUUCUUCAGCCAUGGCGGGCCAAACAUUAUGUACGAGGUCGACCACCCGGCACACCUCAAGCUCGCCCAGAUCGGGCGCGAGAUAACGACCAAGGUCAAGCCAAAGGCCGUUGUGGUAUUCUCGGCGCAUUGGCAGACAGGUCGAAAUUCGAUCCAGGUGAAUACCGCCGAGAAGACUGAUCUGAUCUAUGACUUCGGUGGCUUCCCGAGCCAUUACUAUAAAGAGAAGUACCCGAAUGUGGGUAGCAAGGAGGUCGCGAACGAAGUGCUGAGGUUAUUGGAGGAAGCCAAGAUCCCGGCCGAGGGCGUGAAGCGCGGACUCGACCACGGCGUCUGGGUUAGCUUCAAGUGCGCCUUCGAACCAGAAACAAACCCGCUGAACGUUCCCAUCGUGCAAGUCUCGCUUUUCGGCAGCGAAGACCCAGAUCAGCACUACCGGCUCGGACAGGCAGUCGCGAAGCUUCGCGAGCAAAAUAUCAUGAUUGUUGUGUCCGGGAUGGCUGUGCAUAACCUGCGUGAUCUGCGCUUUGCGUUUGGCAAUCCGACCCCGAUGCCAUAUGCAGUCAGCUUCGAUCAGGCGCUCAAGGAUGCCGUGACGACUGCGCCGGCGGAACGGCAGAAGGCUAUGGCUGAGCUGAUGAAGAGGCCGGAUGCACGCCAGGCUCAUCCUUCCUUUGAGCAUUUGCUGCCUAUUCAUAUUGGGGCUGGUGCUGCGGGUGAGGACCUGGGAAAGAGGAUUUGGACCCUCCCCGAAGGGAGUAUGAGCUGGGCGCAGUAUCGGUUUGGCGAGGUUGGUAAUGCUAGUAGUGCGUUAUAA